UGGAAGCGUCGCGUUCCUGACGAGCCCUCUGUUAGCGUGUUACUUGACCGUUGAUUGAUCCACCAUGUCUGGUCGUGGCAAGGGCGGCAAGGGUUUGGGCAAGGGGGGUGCCAAGCGCCAUCGCAAGAUUCUGCGCGACAACAUCCAGGGCAUCACCAAGCCGGCCAUCCGCCGUCUGGCUCGCCGUGGCGGUGUCAAGCGCAUCAGCGGCCUCAUCUACGAGGAGACCCGCGCCGUGCUCAAGGUCUUCAUGGAAAACGUCAUCCGUGACGCCGUCACAUACACGGUACGCACACACACGCACAAGGGCUGGGCUGGGCAGGGAGCGGCGGGAGGGAUGCAAUGGUGUAGGAAGGAAGGAGGCUCGUGUGUGAUGAUCCGUGCUGUUGUGUCUCGGUGAGGCGUGUGCGCUCACUGCUGUGUUUGGCUGCGGUGUGGUGUGUUGUGUUGUGUCGUGUGUGUGUGUGUGUGUGUGUGUGUGUUCAGGAGCACGCCCGCCGCAAGACCGUGACAGCGUUUGACGUCAUCUACGCCCUGAAGCGCAACGGCCGCACCAUCUAUGGCUUCGGCGGCUGAGCAUCCUCCCACCCACCACCACCCUGCCCUACUACUACACCCCACACCACACCACAACCACCCACACGUACAUACCCAUCGGAGAGCUGACGAGACGAGACGACGACACGACAAGACCCCCUGAUGACGACUGUGGCCUCACUCAUGAUGACAGAGAGGGGGGGAACACUGACUGGAUGGACUGAGAGAGGGGAUGGAGGCAUCAUGUCAUGUGACUGACUGACUGCCGACUGACUGACUGAUUGCCACGCGUGCGCUGCUGAAUACGACUGACUGUCUCGGGCGGGGUAGCUGACCGAGACCUACCUACAGACCACAGACUGACCGACCUUUCUGGUGCCACUGGGCGCCACCAUGUGACUUACUGGUGGAUGGAUGAUGAACACGACACGACACAAGGGAGGGCAGACAGAUGAGCGAGUGGAUGGAUGAGGGGUCGAUGGUGGGUUGAGUGGUCUGGCACGGUGUCCGUUCCUUUUGCCUUUUUGGUGUGGUGACAGGUCGGACUGUGUGGUUCUGUCUGUGUGCCAUGACGCUUCGCCUUUGCUUUUGGAUGCGAAGUUUUUCCAUCUGUCUGUCUGCCGUGCUGAUACGUCCAUCUCCGUUCCGUCGUUGGCCACUUGCCUUGUGGGAUUGGAUGCGUGGGUGCAUGGGUCCGAUGCGAAUGGGCCCUUGCCCUCGCGUCAAUGCUGACGGGGCAAGUGAGAACGACGCAUAUGGACAGAUGGCAGGAACCCUCUGUGUGAUGCCUUGCUGCCUUGCUGCCGGCCCCCCUCUCUCUCUCCCCUAGUGUAUUUAGAAGUGACGAUGGCCUCCGAGUGAGUGAGUGAUGGUCUGUACGAUAGCCUGGUGGAUGUGUCUUACGUGUGUGGCGAACUGGUCGUGGUGUGCGUGACGGACAAGAGUGUACGCGUGGAUGGAUGGCAUGAAUGAAUGCACCAUCGGAUUGGGUCA